AAUAGAGAGGAGAAGGCAAACAAAGAAGCAGCGGCCAGAGCGAGAUAUGGAGGACUUCUGGUGGAGGAUAUACCGGGGGGACCCGGGGGUGCCGCACACCAACCCGGAUCGGUUCGUGAACACAUGCAUGGCCAUCUUCGCCUUCUCCGCCGUGGCCUGCUUCAACUCCUUCAUGCGGCAGCAACUCUCCCACCACUUCAAUUGGGAUGAUAAGGCCCUGAUGUUUGAUCAUCAGCACCGGAAGAAAGCUAUGGAGAAGCAGCAGCAAAUCAGUUUAAGUGGAAAGAGUAAAUAAGCAAGCCACCAUGGGAAUUACUGCGGUUGGACCGUCUACAUUCCUUAGCUGAAGUGCCUCUAAUAUGUCUGUCACUUCGAGUUUCAUUUGGGUCUGGAAUAAGGAGCUUUGAAUGUACAUGGUUGGGGUCUGCUAGAUAGGUUUUCGGGCAUAGAAGUUCGUUGAUAAACUAGUUGCAUACCAUACAAUUUUUUUAAAUGCAGCCAUAGUUAGUUCUUUUUUUGUUUUUUCUUUUGUUGUAUCAUUAAAUCAACUUCUUGCAUUGCCAUGGUUAU